UUUUCAUAGAAAUAUAAAAUAUGAUCAACAUGAUAAAUGAUGAUAAAUACAAUUUACAAAAUAGGUUUAUACAGACAAACCGAAUAAAAAUCACGUAGUGUUUUAUCGUCUUCCAUUAAGUGAACCAACAAAUAUAUUAUUUUUAUAAUAAGGAAAAAAAUUUUCAAAAUAUUUUAGUACAUUUUUACUGAAAGUGUUUUUGAAAAUUUAAUUUUCUUUUUUACGAGGAGGAACUUUUAUUUACAUUUUACUUUUUAAUUUAGAAUAAUGGAAAUUGAAGAUUCACAAAUUGACGAUGAAAGUCUCUAUGCUCUAUUUGUUGAUUUUCAAAAAGCAAUUGACGACAAUAAUGAGGAGAAAAUAAAGAUAAUUCUCAAAAAACGUGGUAUUAUUACGAAAAAAUUCACCUUUCCUGAUUUAUCACUUCUACAUGUAGCCACGAAACGUGGCACUAUUAAUAUUGUCAAACAACUGUGUCAACAAGAAGGCAUUGAUAUUAACAUGAAAAAUAGAUCAGGCGAGACACCAAUUUUCAACGCAAUAAAAAAUUCUUCCGAAAUGACAAAACUUCUUCUCAAUAACAAUGCGGCUGUGAAUGUUGUUUGUAAAAAUGGUCUCACACCACUUUAUCACGCAUUGCUUCAUGGCGACUUGAAUACUGUCUGUUUACUGCUUGAAAAAUUAAUCGACGUGAAAUUUUUUCACGAAACUGGUGAAAAUUCGGGGGAGAUGAAUAAAAAAGAAUUAAGUAAAAAUGACGAGGAGUUUAAAGGAAAGGAAGAGGAAUUUAAAGGAAGUGAAGAGAAAUUAAAAGGAAUUGAAGAGGAAUUGAAUAAAGACGAAAAGGCGAAAAAAUUGGAGAGAGUUGUCAAAAUUUUGUUGGAGUACAAAAAAGAAUUGGGUUUGAAUGAAAAGGAUUAUCCGCUCUUGAUUUAUUUCGCAGCGCAAUUAAAAAUUCGGGAUAUUUUGGACUUGGUACUGAAGGAUGUGAGAGAAUCGACAAAGAAUUUUGAUUCUAAUUCAAAUUUAUUGAAUACAAAAGGCGAUUAUGAUCGAACUGCGCUGCAUUACGCUGUACGAGAGGGAAAGACGAAAAUUGUCAACUUUUUUCUAAAGGAAGGCGCGAAUCCGAAUUGCAAAACAAAAAUGGAUUUCACUCCUCUGCAUUAUGCCGUAGCUUUGGAGAAUUUGGAAAUUUGUUGCCUUCUCCUUGCAAACGGUGCGGAUGUUAAUGCCGAAUCGAUAAGCGAAGGAAGUCCACUGUACGUCAUCGCAGGAAGAAGCGAAUUGAAAAAUCUCGUAAAAUCAACCGACAGCUAUUACUACGACGAGAGGCACAACACUUUUAUAAAUCGCAUGAAUUCCUAUUACGAGCCGGAAGUGAUAUUCAAUAGGGAAAUUAUGGAACUACUGCUGAAGAAUGGAGCAAACACGGAGUGUCAUUCGAAAGAGGGUGUGACACCAUUUCUAGAGGCUUGUCGCGCUGGACUCUACGAGGAGGCGAAGAUUCUUCUCAAUCACAAGGCAAAUUGUUAUGCGAGAGAUUUUGAAAAUAAUUCCGCCCUUCAUCACGCUGCAAUUGGUUGUUCAUUGGAAAUAAUUGAUCUUCUCAUUGAUGAAAAAAAAUUUGAUGUCGAUGUGAAAAAUGAAAAUGACUACACACCGUUGAUGUGCGCCGUGCAGAAUGAGAGGCGAAUUUCUUUGGAAACUAUUGAAUAUUUCGUUGAACGUGGAGCGAAUAUCAAUGCCCGGAAUAAACGGGGAGCAACUUGUCUACACAUCGCUGCUUAUUUUGAUUUGACAACAACCGUUCGAUGUCUCAUCGAAUUGGGCGCCAAUUGGCAAAUGAAUUUCCAAACAGACAAUUAUAAUUCACCGGCAAUGGGGGAAAUAUUGUCGAGUUUUUAUUUUCCCGGCGUUCAGACUGGUCGAAAGUGGAUCAUUUCUCUGGCGGCCUUAAAAAAUAGCAAUGAGACAAUUGAUAAUUUUUUGAAAAGUUAUGUGGGAAGUGAAAAGCAAAUACUACAGGAUGCUAAUGAUUAUUUUCAAAAAUCAAAAAUUGAAGUUAAUAAAUUGAAACAAACGGCGAUUAUUAAUGAAAUGAGAGUUAGUUAUUAUGAUUUUUUGACAAAAGAUCAUUAUAGUUGUUAUAAGUUUGUGAAAAAUUUGAAAUUUAGAGAAACUUUAUCGAAGGGUGAUUAUAAAAAUGAAUUUCCGUGUUAUGAAAAACUAUUGGAGGGACGAUUUAAACGAGUUGAAAAUCUAGAAGAUUCUAUUGAUAGAGUUGUUGGUUUUUUAACGGAUUACGGUGAUAAAAUUCAAUUGCCAAUUACUGCUGUCGAUAUAAUAUUGGGACAUUUUCGAUCAUUUGAUUUUCGUGCUUUUGGACGACUUUUAGCGAGAAAACGAUUUUGAGAGAGAAAGAGAAUUUGAAAAAUUAUCGAAUUUUGAUAGAAAUAUGUAUGUAUUUUUUUUUUUGAAAAAUGUAUUUUGCUAUAUACACAUUAUUAAAAACUACCAAAUAAAAUAAGUU